AUGAAGGGCGACGACAGCAGCAAGAUCACCCACAAGAUCGCCCGGGCGAAGCGCGAGGGCCGCGUAUGGUGGAGCUUUGAGUACUUCCCGCCGCGCACGCCGCAGGGCAUGCAGAAUUUGUAUGACCGUAUCGAGCGCAUGAGUCAGCUGGGCCCCGAGUUUGUGGACAUUACGUGGAAUGCCGGGGGCCGGACGUCGGAUAUGACGACGCAGCUGGUCAAGACGGUGCAUGCGUACUUUGGUGUCGAGACGUGCAUGCAUCUGACGUGCACCAACAUGCCGCGCAGCAAGAUUGAGGUCGCGCUGCGCGAGGCCAAGGAGUUCGGAUGCCGCAAUGUCCUGGCGCUCCGUGGCGAUCCGCCUGCGUGUGGCUCGCCAUGGGAGCCGCACGCUGCGGGCUUCUCUCAUGCGUACGAGCUCGUCCAGUACAUCCGCGAGCACUACGGCGACUACUUCACGAUCGCCGUCGCUGGCUUUCCCGAGGGACACCCCGAGGCGACGGGCGGCCCUGACGUCGAGAUGCAGCACCUCAAGCAAAAGAUCGACGCGGGCGCCGACUUUAUCUUUACGCAGAUGUUCUACGACCUGGAUGCGUUUGUCGGCUGGUCGCGCCGCGUGCGUGCGACCGGCAUUACCGUGCCGAUCGUCCCGGGCGUGAUGCCGAUCCAAAACUACGGGCAGUUUACGCGUGCCGUCGCACGCUUCCAGGCGUUUGUCCCGCCGCACUUCCACGAGGCACUCGACCCCGUCAAGGACGACGACGAGCAGGUCCGCGUCGUCGGCACGCGCCUCGUCGGCGACAUGUGCCGGCAGAUGCUGGCCCAUCCUGACCUCGACGUGCAUGGCCUGCAUAUCUACACGAUGAACCUCGAGCGCGGCAGCCGCAUGCUCCUCGAGUACCUCGGCCUCACGCCGAGCGUCAACCAGCUCAACCCGCUGCCGUGGCGCCCGAGCCUGACGCCCAAGCGCCGCGACGAAAACAUCCGCCCGAUCUUUUGGGCGAAUCGGGCCAAGAGCUAUGUGAACCGCACCGACGGCUGGGACGAGUAUCCCAACGGCCGCUGGGGCGACGCGCGCUCGCCCGCGUUUGGCGAUCUCGGCACCAUGGAGCCGAAUCUGCCCGUCACGCAGGACGAGGCACGCGCCCUGUGGGGCACGCCGACCAGCGUCGAGGACCUCCAGCGCCUGUUUGUGCGCUUCUGCGCCGGCGAGCUCGCGAGUCUGCCGUGGAGCGAUGCACCGAUCGCCAAGGAGACCAAGACGAUCGACCAGCUGCUCGUGCAGCUGAACGAGCGCGGCUUCCUGACGAUCAACUCGCAGCCGGCCGUCGACGGCGCUCCCAGCACGGACCCCGUCCAUGGCUGGGGCCCGCCGCACGGCUAUGUGUACCAAAAGGCGUACCUCGAGUUCUUUGUGUCGACGCACAAGCUCGACGAGCUCAUCGCGCGCAUCGAGGCUCACCCGCAGAUCACGUACCACGCCGUCAAUGCCCAGGGCGACAUGCGCACCAACACGACGUCGGACGCGCCGAACGCCGUGACGUGGGGCUGCUUCCCCCACUGCGAGAUUUUGCAGCCGACGAUCGUCGAGAGCAUGUCGUUCCUCGCGUGGAAGGACGAGGCCUUCCAGAUCGGCCGCUGCUGGGCCGCACAGUACGAGCCCGACUCGCCGACGCGCCGCCUCCUCGAGCAUGUGUUUGAUACCUACUUCCUCGUCAACGUCGUGCACAACGACUUUAAGCGGCCACACGCUAUUUUUGAGCCCUUCCUGACGGCCUAA